AUGAAUUCAUACACACUUCAAGCCAAACAGUACAAUUCAAAGUUCAAGGGGGCAAGUCCAAGAAGAACAAAUUAUAUACCAAAACAGAUGCUUCAUACAACUUACAUGGAGAGAAAAGCAAGGAUCUACCCCACAAGAGAAGGAUCAUUUGGUACAACACAAUUGCAGCAGCAAGACAAGAUUAUAAAGCAUGCAAAGGGCAAUCAAAGGCUUGAAAAUACUGUCCUUUUGCAGGAACAACAUACUAGACUUGAUCACCAUAUGCAGAUGCAGCAGGAUAAGGAAUACAUUUGCUCAGCCAACAUUAUUAGAUGA